AUGAAUUUAAAUAGAACAUUAUUUAAAAAUAAUCAUAUAAAUAAAAAAUUGAAAAAAUUUUUUAGUUAUAUGAGCAAAGAGAUUGAAGAAGUGAAAAAUAAUAAUUCAAAAAUAUGGAGAAAAGAAAUAGAAAUUUUAAAAAAGGAAGGAAAUCAAAAUGAUGUUGAUAUAGAUGAAUUAAAUUAUAUGAUUAAAAAAGAAAAAAGAAAAAAAAUUAAGGAAUUGAAAAAGGAAAAAGAUGAAACUAAAGAUAAUACAAAAGAUGUUUUAAAUUUAUUUGAUAUUACUAAUAAUAAUAAAAUUGAAAAUGUGAACUUAAAAAAAAAUAAGUUAUUUCAGUUUGAUGAAUAUAUUAAUUAUUAUGAUAAGUGGAAUAUUGAAAAAAUAAAUUAUAAAAAUACAAAAACAACAGAAAUGAAGACAGUUGUUAUAGAAAAUAAUAUACAAAACAAUCAAGAUAUUUAUAAUAUAAAAAAUUAUUAUGACUACUUUGAAAAUUCUGAACAUUUAGAAAAUUUAAAGAAACAAAAUAAUUAUAAUAAAUUAUUCUCAAAAAAUGAUCCUCGUCUAAUGUGGGAUAUAGAAAAUGACUAUUAUUUUGCAAAUGAUGAUAUUUUUUUUUUUAAUAAUUUUAAUGAUUCAAAUUAUUCGCAAUUUUUUGAUACUAUUGAUAAUAACAAAAAUUUUUAUUUUAGCUAUUUAAACAAAAGAAAACCAAUUAAAUUUUUGAGUAAAGAUCAAAUUGUGGAAAUUCUAGAAAAACAUUCAGAAUACUUAUUUAGAGAAGAUAACUCAAACAGACAUAAAAAAAAAUCAUUAAGUAAUAAUAAUAAUGUAGAUAGUUAUAAAAAUUACAAUUCAAAUAAUGAAAUAUAUAACAAUAUAAAUAACAGAAUUAGUUAUUCUAAGGAUGAAAAAAUAAUUUUCUUUAAUGAAAAUAAAAUAUUGCAGCAUAUUAUUGAUAUUGAUUAUGAUAAUGAAAAGGAUAUGAAAAAUGACAAAAAUUAUGAUUUUUAUUUAAAUAUUCUAGAUAGAAUAGAAUUUAUUAGUUUAUCAUUUAAACCAAAAGAGUGUGUUUUUAUUUUGAGUUUCUUUUAUAUCUACAAUAUCCUACCUUUUGAAAUUUUAAAUAAGUUUAUACAAAAUUUUUUAUCACAUUUACACUUUUUAAAUAUUGAACAAGUUUUAAUAUUAAUAAAAAUAUAUAGUAAAUGGCAAAAAAAUUAUGAAGAUUUUCUUCAUCUUUUGUUAGUUUAUUUUUUUAAUUUAAAAAUGAAUUGUUCUAAUAAACAAAUUAGGAAUAAAGAACAAGUUAGUAAUCAAUUAAUGAAUAAAAAAAGUGAAAAUAAUUUUAUAUCCAAUAUAAAAAAUGAUAUUUUUUUUUUACAAAUAUGCUUAAAGAAUAAUAUUCGUAUAAAUAAUUCUCUUAUGCUUUUUUAUGACAAGAAUAAUUUGUCUUUUUACAAUAAAAAUGAUUUAUUGUUAUUGUUUCAGUGCUUCUUUUUUUUAAGCGAUAAAAAAAAUAGUGAUUUGUUUUAUGAAACUAUUAAGAUAUCUCCCUUCCUUCUUAAAAAUUAUAAAAUUAUGAAUAAUAUUAAUCAAUUAAGAAACUUUUUAUAUGAUAAAAAAAAUUAUCCUGAAGUAAAAUUAAAUUUAAAAGAAUUAGAAAUAAUCCUGUUAUCAUUAAAAAAUAUGAACAAUGUUGAGUUUUAUGAAAACUUAAAAUUAUUUCUAAUUAACGAUUAUUAUUACCAUAACAACAUUAUAAAAAUUACUGAAAAAAAAACAGAUAAAUAUAAUAAUUAUAGUAAUCAUUUAUUAUAUGUAAAUAUUAAAAUUAUAAAUUUCCUUAUUUUUUAUAACAUUAUAACAAGUUUAAAAAAAUAUGUAUUAUUUCCUUUUUUUAAUAAAAUCGAUUUAUUUGAAUUACUAAAAUAUGCAAAAUUUUCUGAAGACAAAAUAGAAGUUUAUAAAGACAGUAUAAGAUUUUACUGUUUAAUUAAAGCUGAUAUAUACGAAAAAGAAAAAAACGAAAAUAAUUAUUAUAAUAAAGAAAAAGAAAAUAAUAUUAAUGGUUUAAUAAAAUUUAAUCAGGAAGAUAUAAAGAAUUUAUUUAUUUGUGAAAAUGAAAAUUUAAAUGAAUUUUUAUAUAAUUAUGAGAAGAUAGAUGUAAAAAAAAUAAAACUUGAUUUAGUUGUAGAUUUCAUAUAUUUCAUAAAUGAAUUUUGUACAAACUUUAAAAAUAUAUUAGAUAUAAAUAAAAAAGUAAACGAAGAUAUUUUAUUCAUACUAUACUUUUUUUAUUUAAAAUUUUUAACUAUUACAAAUUCAUUAAAAGAUAAUGAUAAAGAGAAAAUAUUAUAUUAUUAUUCGAGUAUUAUUCCUUCUUAUGAGAUUAAAGAAAAUGAUAAUUCUGAUCUUUUAAUUGAUGAGAAAUUUAAAAAAAAAGAAAAAAAAGAGAAUUUUUCUUUUUUAUAUUAUAAUAUAUUUGAUCAAUAUAUGAACAAGAAAUCCUUAAGUAACAAAUGUAAUAAUAAUAAUAAUAAUAAUACAGAUUAUUUGUUUAAUAAAAAUAGAUAUUUUUUACGUAACUAUACUUUUAAUACGUUACUGUUAAUUUUUGAUAAGUUUUUUGAUAGUUUGAAGGUUUCUUUUGAUACUAAUAUAUUUUUUAAAAAUAUAAAGAAUAUUAUUUUAUCAGUUUCAUUAUACAUUUACAAGUAUGAAAAUUUUAUUAAUUAUUAUGACUUUUCUCUUGAACAUUAUUUAUCAUUAUGUUCUAAUAAUUAUAAUGAUAAAACAUCUAAUUACAUUUCGAAUAAAUCUCAAGGAACAAGUAAUAUUUUGUUAAAAUUAAUGGAUAACAUUACUUCUUUUUUCUAUUUGUUUAAAGAAAAUUAUAAUAAUAAAUUAAAUGAUGAAGAAGUUAUACUUUUAAUAAACUCCCUUUCUUUAUACACUGUCUCAUUACAAUUUUAUGAAAACAUUGAAGAUAAGAAGAGAAAUAGUGAAAAUGAAAAAAGGGAUUUUCAGCAGUUUCAAAAAAAAAAAAAAGCUGAAAAGAAAAUUGUUGAAUUCUAUAACAAUAUUUUGUAUUUCCUCAUUAAGAAAUUGGAGAAAAUAGAUCACCUUGAAUUAAAUGAAUUAAAUAAAUUGAAUAUGUUUGAAACUUUAUCUAGAUUAUUCAUUUUAAACUCAUAUAAUAAUAUAUCUUCAAAAGAAAUUAUAUUAUUAUUAAAUAUGUUAAUGAAUUAUAUUGUAAAUAAUGAAUUAUAUAUAAAUAAAGAGAAUUAUUAUUUAAUUAUCAUUUCAUACCAAAAUUUAAAAGAAAAUUAUCAGAAUUUUAAAAAUAAUAAUUUUUUUGAUUUUAAAUUAUAUGAACAAAUGAAACAUAUAUUAUACAAAUAA